AAUUCACUAAUCCCAUAUUCACACUCUUAUUCAAAGCAAAAACUUAUCUUUCUUUUCACUAAAUCUAUUCGAAAAUGUCAAGCAACUCCCAGAACAUAAGCUUCCAAGCCGGCCAGGCCAAAGGCCAAACUCAGGAGAAGGCUAGCACUAUGAUGGACAAGGCUAGCAAUGCUGCCCAAUCUGCCAAGGAGUCUCUCCAAGAGACCGGCCAGCAGAUUAAGGAGAAGGCACAAGGAGCUACCGAAUCAGUGAAGAAUGCGACCGGCAUCAACAAAUGAAGACAAUAAUCAUAUGAUUCAUUAUGCUAUAUUUUUUUCACGAAUAAAAACAAUAAUUCAUUUUUUGAAACCUAAAGAUUAGGUUCAACGGUUUGAUUAUUCAAACUGUUGUUUUUUUCCUUUCUUAAUAUUAUUACUACUUUGAUUGGGUUUUGCUUCUGUUCUCAUGAUCAUGUAUUCUUUGAGAUCCUUUUUCAUUUUUAGAGAUCUCUAAUAAAAUAGCAAUGUCUUA